UUUCACCCACGUACUUCAAAUACAAACAAUCCAGCCCGUCCUCUAAACAGCCUAGUGUGAGGACGGGUUGCAUAAACAGGGGGUUUGGCGGCUGGAUUAACUUAUUAAUUAUUAUGCGAGGACUGGCUGGCUCACAUACGACUUGAUAACGGGCCAGGACGGACCGAAACAUCGUCCUUUCUCUAUAUUCUGAUAUGUGGUUUGGCCCCUCAUACCUUCAGCCACGUUAUUGUGAUUCAUCGUCUGCUACAUAUAUACCGCGCACAUAUGAAAAUGUGGUUGUAAACCCGUGGAACCGCCUACCCGCCGAAGCCGUAAAUGCCAAAACUCUGCUGGGUUUUAAACAAAUGGGUUUUAGAUCAAGACAAAUGGGGGAGGUGGGACCUUUGACAAGCCGACGGCUUCCUGCCCUCGUCGAGGCCACUAGUAUCAGUGGCCCUCAGGUGGUGCUGGUGUUGAUUGUGGCGGGAACAGCAACAUGCGCACCCAACCUUCUGCCUGGUGACGCAGGUGCGCAUGCGUUCUCCACCACGCAUGACCAUGUUGCAGUCCAGCCUGCGCCACAUGCUCACCUCAGUACCCUCGGCCUGUCACCACAACCUGGCUACCGUGUCAAUACACAACCCCUGCCUGGCCCUCCGCCGCCACAACCUCACCUCAUCUCAUCAAGCGUAGACACAGUUAACUCGGAAGAGUUCGAGUACUACUACGAUUGUGACCCUUCAGAAGGAGCAAACGAGCCUCUUCCUCCUCCACAACCUGGCUACAACUACAACCCACCACACAUUCCUGGCCCUCCUCCACAACCUGGCUACAACUACAACCCGCCAGCAAUUCCUAGCCCUCCUCCACAAUCUGGCUUCAACUACAACCCACCACACAUUCCUGGCCCUCCUCCACAACCUGGCUUCAACUACAACCCGCCAGCAAUUCCUAGCCCUCCUCCACAAUCUGGCUUCAACUACAACCCGCCAGCAAUUCCUAGCCCUCCUCCACAACCUGGCUUCAACUACAACCCGCCAGCAAUUCCUAGCCCUCCUCCACAACCUGGCUUCAACUACAACCCGCCAGCAAUUCCUAGCCCUCCUCCACAACCUGGCUUCAACUACAACCCACCACACAUUCCUGGCCCUCCUCCACAACCUGACUUCAACUACAACCCACCACACAUUCCUGGCCCUCCUCCACAACCUGGCUUCAACUACAACCCGCCAGCCAUUCCUGCCCCGCCACCACCUGGCUACAACUACAAUCCACCACCACAACCUGUCUACAACAAUCCACCAGCCAUUCCUGCCCCACCACCACAACCAGGUUACAACUACAACCCGCCACCAGGCCCAGACGCUAGUCUCCUGCUUGGCUUGGCCUAGUGGCUGACUAUCACCCACUUAGCUUCUCUUUAACAGUGAAAGGCAACAAUAAAACUACAAUCCGUUCUCUCAAAUAUUACCCUUUAUUCUGUAGAUGUUAUAGUUGUUUGUGAUGGGACAGUCCCAGUCACUCAUUGGGACUGUGAGUGAUGGGACAGGUCCCAGUCACUCAUUGGGACUGUGAGUGAUGGGACAGGUCCCAGUCACUCACUGGGACUGUGAGUGAUGGGACAGGUCCCAGUCACUCAUUGGGACUGUGAGUGAUUUAAUGCAGAAUGUGUAAUAGGCUUGAAAUUAUUUAUAAAUAAAUUUAUAUUGUAAUUUUUA